UUUUCUCAAUAGAGUUCACCACAGUGAGAAGGGAACACUGCAGUGCAUUGAGAAGCAUAAAGAGAGCAACAAUGCUUUGCCAGGAAAACACUAUUCACUAUUGUAGUUGGACAUUUGUAGUCGGUGGAGUGCUUUACCUCCUGCGGCAAAUGACCACACACACACCAUACGGACGUUACGUGGACAAAAAAUCCUCUGGGAUUAUGGUCCCAGCCAAGGCAGGAUGGUUUAUUCAAGAGCUUCCAUCAUUCCUAGUUCCUGUGCUGUUGUUUUUGACAACAGAAAGUUUGCCGGGGAUAGGAAGACAUUUACUGCUCUGGACCUUUUGCUUGCACUACUUUCAGAGGACUUUUGUAUACUCCUUGCUGACUAAAGGCAGGCCGUCUCCUCUGCUCAUUGUGGUGAGCGCGGUGAUCUUCUGCUCUAUGAACGGAUUUCUGCAGGGUCACUACAUGCUCCACUGCACUCAGUACCACAGCGAAUGGCACAGAGACACACGCUUCAUCACUGGUUUGCUGAUGUUUUUCACUGGAAUGGCCAUCAACAUCCACAGCGACUAUAUUUUACGAAACCUGAGGAAACCAGGAGAGGUCAGCUAUAAAAUCCCUAGAGGAGGAAUGUUUGAUCUGGUCUCUGGUGCGAACUUCUUUGGGGAGAUUGUUGAAUGGUGUGGAUACGCUGUGGCCAGCUGGUCCCUUCCUGCUUUCUCCUUUGCUCUGUUCACCAUCUGCUCCAUUGGGCCUCGAGCCUACCACCAUCACAGGUAUUACUUGGAGAAAUUUAAAGAUUACCCCAAAUCAAGAAAGGCUGUGAUCCCUUUCCUGCUAUAACAAAAUCUGAAAUUUCCAGCUCAUGAAAACAAGAUUAAACACGGCGUUAAUUAAGAAACCGCAAGAGCUGAUGUUGUUACUGCAUGUUCUACUCACACCCACAUCUCGUACAAGUAACAUUUCAUGACAUUCUGUAUUUAUUAUUUUUAAAUACAUCAUUAAAAACCUGUUUACAUCUGUA